CCACAACCAAAAGCCGCAGCAUCAUUUCACGUCCAGUCUUCCACCGUCCCCCAUGCCAUCCCUCCGUCGCCGCUGCUCAGCAUGCCCUCCCUUCUCGACUGGCUAGUCGAGAACGAACCGUCCUUCCGGCGCACGCGUCUGCCGUCAUUGUACUCGGACCUGACCGUCCAACGCAGCACCAAUCCCGAAGGCUACUCCGCGAAUGUAACGGCGUGGACGUCCGCACUCACGCGUGCGUCUCUGGCGGGCCAACUCCCUCUGGAACAGCGCCUGAUCCUCCAGACGUCAGACGACUUGAUCAAUGCGCUCGCAUCUCCGCAAUACGGCCGGCCCUCGGGCUUGGGCUGCGUGCUCGACGACGCCGUCCGCACGGGCAAGAUGGUCGACCUCGACGACUUUCUGACGAGCGAGAAGAGCAUAUACAGCCGGUCGUGGAUCCCUUCUCCGUGGUCGAUACUUCACUGGAGUCUGCGCAAAGCCGGGCUCGUGGGCAGCGGGAGUUACGAUGUCAACGGGCACCUGAGACAUGGCAGUCUCGCGCUCGUGUCUGCGCUGGAGGAGGUAUAUAACAGAUACGCGUCAAAAGUACGGGACCGCACUGCAAGUCUGACGGAUAGGAUCAUGAGCCGCGAGCAAUUUGUCACAGAGAUGGGCGAGCUGAUGCAGGGGACAAUAGCGGAGCAAGACGUCAAAGUGCUCUUGCGGUACCUAGCACGAGACAAGCAGGUGCUGAGCUACGACGAUACGACAAUCAAGCUCAAGGCUCCUACAGCUGCCAUGCCAGAGUCUAUCACGCAUGAAGAUCGGAGUAUUGCGUCGCUGAAGACGCUGAUUGCAAACUUGAGCAGUCAAAUAUCCAGUCUCACAACAAGAAUAGCAACAUUGCAAACGACGGCGCAGACAUCGGUGAAGGCCGGGAACAAAGCUUCUGCGCUAUCGGCGCUACGGUCGAAGAAACUUGCCGAAAGGUCGCUCGAGUCACGAUCGAACACACUCCAUCAAUUAGAAGAAGUAUACACCAAGAUCGAGGCGGCUGUAGACCAGGUCCAAGUGGUCGCUGCGAUGGAAGCCAGUGCCGGCGUGCUCAAGACGCUAAACAAAAAAGUCGGCGGGGUGGAGAAGGUCGAGGAUGUGAUCGAGACGCUGCGCGAGGAGAUGGGCAAGGUCGACGAGGUCAGUGGCGUCAUUGCCGAGCCGCUGGACGGCAAGGUCGUGCUUGAUGAGGCAGACGUUGACGAGGAGCUGGAGAGUAUGGAGCAAGAAGAAAGAGCCAAGCGCGAACAGGCAGAACAGGCGGAGAAGGAAAGACAGCAGGCUCGAGAAGCGGAACUAACGAGACAGAGACUGGCAGAGUUGGAACGAUUGCAACAGCAAGCGGAGAAGGAGAAGGCCGAAAGGGAGCAACAAGCUGAAGAUCAUCCAACAGAGCAGGAGUUAUCAAGAAGCAUUGAGAGAUUGGAGAGGAUGGAGAUCAACGGACAAGAGGUACAAGCACAGUAACGGCAGACAUUUGCAGGGCAGGCUCUGAAAACAGGAUAGAUUAAUGACCAGAGACGACUUUGUAAUACCAGACUGGCCAGGCCCUUUGUUGGCCCUACUUUUGCUAAAGCUCAG